UAUUUUAAGCACAGGUAACAGUUCUCUAGAAACGUAAAUUAACUCGCGUGACAAUGGAAAAUGUUCCACCUCACUUACAAAAAAAAACUUUAGAGGAGCCAGGAGCAACUUUUUUUUUCUUUUUUUUUUUUUUUUUUUUCCAUUUCCUAUGUGCCCAACCGCCUCGCAGUAAAAAGGGUCAAACGCUCAGUUAAAAUACAUAGUGUAUAAUUUUAUAGCUAUUUCCCAACGGGGCUCCUGGUGCCGGUGUCGAGACGACAAUGCGAAAGCAGCGGUGCCGCACAGAGAUCAGUUUCAGUCUUUGUCAGUUGUGAAUAGGGGCGGAGGAAGCAAACUCAUUAGAAUCCUAUAAAAAGAAAGUAUCCGAGAUCAUAAAACAGCCGGCUGCUGGACUAAGUGCUCACUCACAGCCAGACAGGGACACAGUGGAAACCUCUUGUCAAGUUUCUUUCUGACCCUCAUCAGAGCAUCAGCAUUUUAACAGAUCCGCUCCAUCACUGUUUCCCUUCCACCCUGGGCUCUCGGUGUUCCUCAAAUAACCGUGUAGAUGGCAGUCAUUCCUCUGAAUAUCUGAUUUUCAGGAGCAGAAACUUGGCUUCAUCACGACUCCCUUGAAUUCCAGUCUGGCAAGCGCGGCGCAUGGACACUGCCAGGGCGCACACUUCUGACUGAGAAGCAGAUUAUUUAUUUAUUUUUUUGCGACAAAAACUUAAACCUUUUCACGAGGUUCUGCCUUUUUUUGGUGACAUUUCUGUAUUUUUUUUGAGGAUGCUCAUCUCGACUUGGAAUAGAUGUUGCGUUGUGAUGUUUGUCGUCGCUACACUGAGGACAGGGACAUCCCAGGUAUCAGAGGCGCGCCCCAAGCCGAAUUCCAUCAAGCCUGUUCUGUUGGAUGAGGCGCCAACACCGGUUACGAACCGCUCCUCUGCUGUCACCAAGAAACAAAACAUCCUUACGCAGGUGUAUCCGUGCAGCAAUGACAAGGAGUGCAGCAUGGGCAGCUACUGCCACAGCCCCCAGCAGGCCCCCUCCCGCUGCCUCACCUGCCGCCGGAGGAAGAAGCGCUGCCACCGAGACGCCAUGUGCUGCCCUGGGAACCGCUGCAGGAACUAUAUUUGCGUCCCCAUCUCUGAGAGCGUGCUCUCGCCUCACAUCUCACCAUUAGACGAACACAACAAACUCUCCACCAAAGACCACAGCUGGAGGAAGACUGGGAAAGCACACGCAAAGCAUUCCCUCAAAGGGCACGAGGGCGACCCCUGCCUGCGUUCGUCUGAUUGCUCGGAGGGCUACUGCUGCGCCCGCCACUUCUGGACCAAGAUCUGCAAACCGGUGCUGAGGCAGGGAGAGGUGUGCACCAAGCAGAGGAAGAAAGGCUCUCACGGCCUGGAGAUCUUCCAGCGCUGCGACUGCGCCAAGGGCCUCUCCUGCAAGGUGUGGAAAGACGCCACCUCCUCGUCCAAAUCCAGACUCCACAUGUGCCAGAAGAUCUGAAGCUGAGGCAGCUGCUGUCGGUGCAGAGGCCUCCGUCUCCAUCUGCCAGGGAAAGUUUUUUUUUUUUUUUUUUAUAAAGGAUGGGUUGUGGCUGUAUUGAAAAGGAGUAAAAGACAGAGACUAACAAGAGACAGAACAGACUGUGUGGGUUCAAGCUCGCUAUUCGGCAAGUGGAGAGCAAAUGGGAAUGCUUUUAAUGUGUUUGCUAUUCAAACAUGCACACAUACACCUCACAGCUUGUGUUGUGUUUUUUUUUUUUUUGUUAAUCAUUCUUUUGUUAAUCAGGGAACCACACAGUUAGCCAAUACACACGCUAGAUGAUAGAUGUUGGACUUUCUCUAGAUGGAGCUAACAGACAUUGCGGUUCUUCAUCAAACCGCAACUUAUAAUAUUAGGAGAGAGAUUAUUUACAGACACGGCAUAUCUUUGCUAAAAAAUUACAUUCUUGGACAAAGUCUGAAAUAAGUUAGUUUCCAUUGCUGGAUCUGAAUUGGGCCCCGUUACACUGUUUGUCUUGUCAAAUGUCGAUAUCUCAUUUUUCAUCUUGUUUAUGUCCAGUGUCAAAGAACUCCGCAUUUGCUAUGAAAACAAUUACAACAAGUAACAAUGUCCAGAUGUCAAAAAAUACACGUCAUAUUACACGGAGAGCUAACUGCAUACACUCUUCACCCACUUACGUGUGACGCCUACAUGUAGCACUCGUAAACCAAAGAGUGAAAGAACAUUUAAAAUUGGAUUGAUGAGAUGCAUCUGGGGGGCCUCCCUUUUAGCCACAAGAAGGAAAGAUAAAGUAUUGUGUUCACUGCGGAGCCCUUGUUUGAUCUGUCUCGUGCAGCUGUAAUCUAUUGUGAUACAACUGCGUGGGUUAAGACAGUUUGCGCAGAGGUACAGCUCUGCUGCAGACUCAGUGGUUCCGAUACCAGACCAGAGAAUGGUUCUGCUUUUCCAAUCACACGAACGGGACCCAAGGACUCAAGGAGGAAUUGCGAUUUUUAUUUUUUAUUUUUUUUCCGCUUACAAAGCCAGUAGGAAUGGAGAUUGAUUAAACCUUCCAAGAAUGCUCCAUAAACCUGAUGUUUUCAAAGAGAAUUGAAGUUUGGAUCAAGGUUUUGUUGAUGGCACGCAGCCCUGUUUAUUUUUCACUUUUUCAAAUAUGACCACAUACUUCCUUCUCAUGAGAUAUUUUCUGCCCUGGAUGCGAAGCGUUGCUCUCUGUUCAGUGCCAGGCCUUUAGACGACCACUCAUUACCUACGAAGUCAAUAUACCGUCUAUCGCUCUUUUUUUUUGUUUGUUUUGUUUUGUUUUAGAAUACACAUAUUUUAUAACCAUUUAAAAUAUCAAUAAGCUCUUAUAUUGUAAAUAGACUGAAAACAAUGAAAAUGUAUUUAAGAACGGAUGUAUAUCAUGUACAUAUAAUAACAUAUGGAUCCUAAACGUUGGGUGAGAGAAGAGUAAGGCGUAUAGCUGAGAGGGGGGGAAGGCAUAGAUAGCUUUGCAAACUGGAUGCAUUGAGAGAAUGGUUCCGAAAAGAGCGAACAUUCAUUUCCAAAAUGCUUCGUGUAAAUGGUGUGUAAAUGGUUUCAAGAUUUAUAUCCCGCUAAAUAUUCUUUGUGUGAAUACUUUGCAUUGAUUUGUCUUGUGUAUUUACAAUGAUGAAUAAAUAAAAGAAUGUAUUUUGUA